UGUGGGUUUUAGAUACCGAGAACGGAGAUGCGUGUGGUGGAACGAGUGCACGAUGACCGGCCGGGGUCGGCCGGACAAGAGCGAGGCGGGGGCGCCAAGCCUGCUGCGGUGGCAACGACUGUAAUCGACCGCGACUCCACAUGCCCUGUCUUGGUUCGAGUCUUUUGCAAUUCGUCUCACAACCGACCGGAAGCGUACCAAAACAUGCACACAAAGUCGCUGGCGAACGAACUCCACGUUUACACGUGGCCGGACGCGACUUUGCGCGAGAUCGCGGAACUCGUACAAGAUGGCAACGACGACGCGCGAAAGCACAAUCGCCUUGCCAUCUCGCUCGUGUACAUCGACAGUCGCGGGAAAUUUGUGGUCAAGAAGGCUGGGAUUGUCAACACAAGUCGCAAAUCGCCCGAUGAAGACAAAACCCUCGCGGCGAUCGGAUUCCAGAACGGCGACUUCUUGGACGUUGCGAUUUUAAACUAACCAACACAUCAUCUCGUCCGCACUCGAGUCACGUGUCUCUUUCCGCGCACGGCCACAGCGGCGAUUCACAAACCUAAAGUACGCUUCACUCGCACAAGGCUCUGUUUCCUUCGGCCACGUCGCCCUUGCUUCGAUUCCCCCGUAGGUUGUUCACAACGUCGGAUAUCUCGUCACCGA